CUUCUUUGGCCUCAUCGCCUCUCCUCUGUACUAGUCCUGCUAUUGUUGUGUGUCUUUUCUGGGCGACCCUCACCUACCAUCCUGCGGUGAUUCCUCGCACAUAACCUCGCGUGUUUGUCGCCACGCUAAGCAUUGUGGCGUGGCUCAGUGUCCUCUUUGUAAAGGGAUAACAAAGAAAGAAUCCCAGUGAGGGACUUGUUGGGAGCUGGUGAAGUAGUUAAUCGGAAUGGGACAAACGGAAGACUGAGAUUUCACGUUCAGCGCUUGUGUCGGCUGUUUCCUGCUAUUUGGGUUCUUCCUCGAGAAACAACAAAACGCGUUGUGUGGGAGGACAGAAGGAGAAAAAUACGACCGCAGGACGCAUGUAGCCGACGUACGGCGUUGCUAAGGUUGGUUUUAAGGCUUGACGAUGGGUUGCGUCAGGAGUAAAGAGGCCAAGGGCCCGGCGCUGAAAUACCAACCUGACAACUCCAAUGUGGUGCCAGUCAGUGGUCACCUGGGCCACUAUGGACCAGAACCCACAAUAAUGGGUCAUUCACCAGUCAUGAAGACACAGAACAACAGCUACAACAGCCACCCCGCUGCCCUCACCCCCUUUGGGGGAGUGACUUCGGUCAUGACUCCCUUUGGCGGAGCAUCAACCUCGUUCACCUCAAUGACGGUGAACAACCCAUUCCCCGCUGUGAUCACAGGUGGUGUGACUUUUUUCGUCGCCCUGUAUGAUUAUGAAGCAAGGACGUCAGAUGAUCUGUCAUUCAGAAAAGGGGAUCGCUUUCAGAUUAUCAAUAACACGGAAGGUGACUGGUGGGAGGCCCGCUCCAUCAACACAGGAGAGAAUGGUUACAUCCCCAGCAAUUAUGUGGCCCCAGCCGACUCCAUACAGGCUGAAGAGUGGUACUUUGGUAAAUUGAGCCGAAAAGAUACUGAGCGUCUCUUAUUGCUUCCAGGGAAUCAGAGGGGCACUUUCUUGGUACGAGAGAGCGAAACAACAAAAGGGGCCUAUUCUCUGUCUUUACGUGACUGGGAUGACGUAAAGGGAGACAACGUCAAACACUACAAGAUCCGCAAGCUGGAUUGUGGUGGUUAUUACAUCACCACACGAGCACAGUUCGACACACUACAGAAACUGGUGAAACACUACACAGAACAUGCGGAUGGUCUGUGCUGCAGGCUUACCACUGUGUGCCCAACAGUGAAGCCGCAAACUCAGGGACUUGCUAAAGAUGCCUGGGAAAUCCCACGAGACUCCCUCCGACUGGAAGUCAAACUGGGACAGGGCUGCUUCGGGGAAGUUUGGAUGGGCACGUGGAAUGGUACGACUAAAGUGGCGAUCAAGACGCUGAAACCAGGGACCAUGUCUCCAGAGGCUUUCCUGGAGGAGGCUCAGAUCAUGAAGAAACUCAGACACGAUAAACUGGUACCGCUUUACGCCGUGGUGUCCGAAGAGCCCAUUUAUAUUGUUACUGAAUUCAUGGGUAAAGGUAGUUUGCUGGACUUUCUGAAAGAAGGAGAUGGGAAUCAUCUUAAGCUUCCACAGCUGGUGGACAUGGCUUCACAGAUCGCAGACGGGAUGGCCUUCAUUGAGAGAAUGAACUACAUCCACAGGGAUCUAAGAGCUGCCAACAUCUUAGUUGCGGAUAACCUGGUGUGUAAGAUCGCCGACUUCGGCUUGGCUCGACUCAUCGAGGACAACGAAUACACUGCUCGUCAAGGUGCUAAAUUCCCCAUCAAGUGGACGGCCCCAGAAGCUGCAUUGUACGGUCGCUUUACUAUCAAAUCAGACGUGUGGUCUUUUGGUAUACUACUGACAGAGCUGGUGACAAAGGGCAGAGUUCCAUAUCCAGGCAUGGUGAACCGAGAGGUUCUGGAGCAGGUGGAACGCGGGUACCGCAUGCCCUGCCCGCACGGCUGCCCCGAGUCGCUCCACGAGAUGAUGAAGCAGUGCUGGAAGAAGGAGCCAGACGAAAGGCCGACGUUCGAAUACAUCCAGUCCUUCCUGGAAGACUACUUUACAGCCACGGAGCCACAAUACCAGCCUGGAGACAACCUUUAGUCCAGGGGAUUUAGGUUAAACUCUUAGGUAGAUCAAUAACAGAAUUUGAAAGAAAAGAAUAUCAAUUAAGAAAUAGGCCACAAUGACACUGGCACACCUGAAAAUGAUUGUCCCUGAUGUACAGUGGGACCAAGUGUACGAAUGGGUAUAUUAAGCUCUGGGAUAAAUCCAUGUGAGCUGGCCACAACACUGUGAUACAAACAGACAGAUGGAGACGUGUUUUGUUCCUUUUUUUUUUCUUAACUUUAUAAACUUUUUAAAUAAUGAAUUUAUCCCACCUUCCUACAAAUUCCCUUUUUUAUGUUAAAAUCACACAGAUCUUUAAAUCUGAAUCCAGACAUUUUUAUAUGAGCAAGAGUUCGGUUUGAAUCCGUUGGUGGAUUAAGGACGUCUUUUUAAGUGACCAAUAACUGUGGUUAACUUGUCGAGUAUGUGAUAUGAGUGUAAAGCGCGUGGUUAAUUAAAUAAAAAGGUCUGCUGUAUGGAUGUAAGAAUGUACUGAGAGAUCAAAGCUGAUGUACAGUUUGUAUAAAAAAAAUAUUUUUAGCAGGUGUGAUCAGGUGGAUGAUCGAGGAUAAGACCUUUUUUUUAUGAUUGUUUUUUGUUUUGCCAUUUUUUUCUCCUUUUUUAUCAUUUUAAUUUGGGGAAUUCUAAAGCAACAUUUCGAUUAUUUCCUUUUUUUUUUAUUAUCUUUUAAAAAAAUGGAAAAAUGAAAUUUCACCUGUGCAACUAGAAAAAGAAGAUCCAAGUUAAUUUGUCAAAUUGUCUUUUGCUGGGUGUAAAACUCUAAUAAAGAAACUAAUAUUUUUACUUUUUGUUGCUCAAAGGUAAACGUUGAGUUCAGGAAGCUAUUAAAUUAUCGAAGUACGGGGAAGAUUUUUGGUAAAGGUGUCAAAAACCUUCAAAUAAAUUUCCAUUUUUUAUUAGUCUUUAAAAUAUUAUUAGGUUUUUUAAGGUAAUCAGUGUUGAACUUCUAAUUGGCAAUCCAUGGCAUCCUCUUUGGGGGGAGGGGUCCAGGAAUUCAUUUGUAGCACCCCUUAAAAAUUGUAUUUAUUUCAGUUUUUAAUUCAUUAAAAAACUUGAUCCAAAUGUUGAGGAGCUUUUUAACUUUAGCCCACUACUUCCUGUUUCCUUCGGGGUAUAUGCUUUGACAAAGACACCCCUUUCUGUUGGCACCUCUUCAAAAUGGGAAAGGCAUGGGAACAUGCCAUUAGAGUAAGGUAGGAAGUGACAAACAAAAGUCAUUUGUAUACCCUUACAAAUGUCUACAGUCAGAGUAAUCAUUAAAACAUCUGAAACUGACAGGUUUAUCAUGCUAAAAAUCUGAAAUCUCUAAAUCUUACUGUUGAAGAACUGCAACUAGUUGAAUAAGAUGGUACUGCAAAUAGAGGUUGGAUUUAUUUUGAGCUUUUUACGCAUAAAUGUGAGGGGUGCUGUACUUAGGUAUGUGACAUUUACCUCCGUUUUCACAUUCAUUACCUACUAAAAGUCCGAUAACAAAAGCACAUAGCGGAGACUAUGGUUGAGCCAUGGCUUAGUUCUUUAAAUAAAUAAAAAAUGUCAAAAGUCUGUUUAAAUCCUCACGGGUACUUCCAUUACUUUGGAAUUCUUUAAAAGUACGAAAAGUUAGACAAUAUGUAAGAUGUGAAUUUUUUUUUUGUCUUUCUGUGCAUUAUUCAUGUAAGCGAUUGUCCCUUAAAAGUGGGACCUGAUCUAGUCUGGGUAUAAAUGAUGAAAGUAAUGAGAACUAAUAUGAUUUUGUACAGAAUAAAAUAAAAAUGAUAAACCAAG